AUCCAUAUUUUUCCAGAGUGGAAAAAACAAACAUUUUUGCUCCUCUGUUUUUUCAUUUCUUUAAUCUCUGAAACUUAAAUGGAAUCCAACGAAUUCAAACACUGCAAAUAUCUCUAACCUUCUCCACUCUUCUUUUUCCAUUUUAAGCUAAGCAAAUUGAACACUCAAUCAAUCCCUUCAUUUCCAUCUCUGACUUCAAAUUCUUCUCCUUUUAACCGUUACCCUCUGUUUGUCUCCCGAGAAAAAGUUUAAAAAAGAAAGCACAGGAACUGACAACAAGCCAGAGAAUCUCUGUAGUCACUGCUGCUUACGUGCUCUUUUGUUUUGUUUCGGCUGUUGUUGCAGUUUAAGUUCACGUGCGGUUGUUUAAUGAAUUAUUUACAGCAACUGAUCAGUUCUGUGUAUUGUCUCGUUAAAGAGUUGUAAUAAUAAGCAAAGAAAUUAGUGAGUAACGAGUUGGUUAAAUUAGCAAUGAGAUUAGUGCUGCAAAAUUUGGCAGGGCCACCGAUUAAACGACGAGCUGGUUUGCGAAUGAAACAAGCUGGGCGAGGUUCUUAUAGGGGCAGCUAGUGAAGCUUUUUUGCAGUAGAAACGUAUAUAAAAUUAUUGUAGUAGAAAAUUUUGUUGUAUUUUUUGGGAAGCUACUUAACAUAAACCCAAUGGGAGGUGCUGAUUUAAGGCAGUUGCUGAAGAGUUUGUGCAGUAAUUCUGUCUGGGAUUAUGCUGUUCUUUGGAAGCUUAGGCCUGGAUGCCCGAUGAUCUUGACUUGGGAAGAUGGGUACUUAAGCUAUCAAAAACCAAGGGAACUUGUCCAAGCUAUACCGGAAGAUGAUUACUGCAAAGGUGCUAAUAACUUAUUCUCACCACAGUUCGAUACAAAUGCAUCCGGUGGUAUCUCAGAGGAGUAUCCGGUUGGACUGGCAGUAGCUGAUAUGUCGUGCCUUCAGUAUGUCUUGGGAGAGGGGGUUGUAGGCAGAGUUGCAGCUAUUAGAGACCAUUACUGGGUUUCCUUCAGUCAGCUUUUCACCGGCAAAGUGAAGUCAAUUUCUGAGUUCCCUGCAGAAUGGUUAGUUCAAUUUGCAUCUGGUAUCAAGACUAUUUUACUGGUACCUGUUCUUCCACAUGGAGUCUUGCAACUCGGGUCUCUGGAAGAGAUUGCUGAAGAUGCCAAUAUAGUUACAUAUGCCAAAGGAAAAUUCAGCCGCCUUCACAAUUUUGGCGAAAAUACUGUACCUUUCACCUUAAAGGAGGAAUAUCAAUCUCAGCUUUCAUCUCCACUAAUAUCCAGUUCCAUUGAGCUCCUAAACGAACCAUCAUCCAGUGCUUUUAUCUCUAUGAAGACCGAAUAUUUAGAUCAUCUGUUUACAUCCAACAUUUUCGAGCAAGAAGAUGCAACUUUUCAGCCACCACUGACUUUUCAGAAUACAUUAUUUCCAACUGGAGGAGAUAUCGCAGAAACUUUUGCGUCUGAGAUAGAUAAUGAGAUUGAUCAUAUACCCUUUGCUGAAGUACCUAGCCCAAGCAUAUCUAUGACUACCAGCCAAUUGGAGACAGCGGAGAGCAAGCUGUUGGAAUUGUCCUGUUUAAUGGAAGAACUUGAGGCAUACUCUGAAGAUCUUCAAGGAAAUUCUGCCAGUAAUUACUAUAACGUGGGUGUUCUUGGAGAAUGCUUUAACGAAGUAAUGAAUGUUUAUCCUGCAUCUGCAAGCAACAUGGCUUGGGAGCCAUUUUGUGGCAAGUACACCGACAAUAAACUUGAAAGCAGUUUCCUUGAUUUCCCCAAGGACAGUGAGUUGCACAAGGCGCUUGAACCAGCUUCUAGGAAACAGACGAAUGAAAAGUUAUGGGACUUGUCUCGCCUGGUUGACAAUACUUGUAGCACCUUGCCCUCGAAAACUGAGCCAUCCUGGUUUGCUAGAGGCGAAGCUGAGUAUCUUUUGGAAGCUGUAGUUGCUAAUGCAUGCAGUAUUUCAGAUGUGAUAACUCUGAAGAAAUCGACAAGUUUCAACUCAUAUGAUAAUUUUUCAGGAUACACCAGUGCUUCUCCUAGGCCAAAGGAACAACAAAACGCGAGUGCUUUAGUGAAGGAUAAUUCAAAGCCACAGAACCGUCUUACGUCUUCAUGCAUUGCUGAGGAUAAGGAUGCAGAUAGUUCUUCAGAUUCUUUAAAGAGCAUGAUGAGCACACUUAUAAACAAAGAACACGUAGGAAUAAAGUGUUGUACUGCAGAGCCAAAAAAAGGACGCAAGACAGUAAAUUCUAGCAAAAGAAGGGUUAGAGUAUGUGAUAACCAGAAGCCACGGCCGAGGGAUAGACAGCUCAUUCAAGACCGGGUGAAGGAGCUGCGAGAGAUGGUUCCGAAUAGUGCAAAGUGUAGCAUCGACGGUCUUUUAGAACGAACCAUAACGCACAUGAUGUAUUUAAGAAGCAUAACAAACCAGGCUGAGAAAUUGAGGAAUUGCGUGCAUCAGGAGGUUGCUGGUCGCAAGAAUUGGAGGUCGUUUGAAACAAAAGAGAAUGACCAAAACGGAACAAGCUGGGGAUUUGAAAUUGGAAAUGAAUUCCAAGUAUGUCCUAUAUCAGUAGAAGAUCUUCCUCACCCAGGGCAGAUGGUCAUAGAAAUGCUCUGUAACGAUCACGGUCUCUUCUUAGAGAUUGCGCAGGUGAUUCGUAACCUGGAGCUGACCAUCCUCAAGGGCGUACUCAAGAGCCGAUCAAAUAACACAUGGGCUCACUUCGUCGUAGAGGCCUCCAAGGGAUUCCACAGGCUCGAUAUUUUUUGGCCUCUGAUGCAGCUUCUUCAGCGCAAAAGAAAAUCUCUCUGCAGCAAAAUCUGAUGCGGAGGAAGAUUAAUCUGAAGCCGGAAAUAUAAGUCAGUGAAGGAUUACUGUUUGUGUAUUUUCUCUGAUGUUCUACUAAUUGUCAGGAAAAAUCAAGCUCUCCGUUUUACGGAAAAAAAUAGCGGAAACGAAGGUAAUUAGAAGCUAGACAAAGAACAUUUGUAAAAUUAGCAAUAUGUAAUGAGUUACCCAGUUUGUAAUGAAUUUGGUUUUUCUGUACAAAAUGCAAUAUGGAAACUAAUUUAUUUUCUAGAUGUAUGGCAAGCCGAUAAGUACCAUGAAGGGAUUCAAGAGAACAUGAAUGUGUGAUUUGUAGUGUGAGUGAAUUUUUAAGGCUUGUGUAUGCAUUGUAUUCAUUAAAUAAUUGGAGAGAGAGGAUUUGCCAGUA